AUGUUAGAGUCUGAGUACUGUGAAGUCUGUGUGGGCAAGAUGGCUAUGUCGCGCUUUGAAUUGAAGUCCGGCUGGACGUUCAAGAAGGGAACUCGCAACUCAGAGGCAGAGUAUCUCCCCGCAAAUGACCUCCCAACCGAAAUACAUUUAGAUCUGCUCAAGAACAAGAAGAUUGCCGACCCAUUCAAGGACCUCAACGAAUUAUCUGUCCGCUGGAUUGGCGAUGAAGCAUGGACGUACCAGACAACCUUCACCACUCCUCCAGACUACGGGAAGCCCGGCAUUACCACCGCUCUCAAGUUUGGGGGUUUGGACACCUUCGCCCAUGUCUUUCUCAAUGGGGAAACACUUUUCGACUCAGAGAACAUGUUCAUAGAACACGUUGUCGACGUGACAGACAAGCUGGCAACAGACAACGGAGGCGAGCAGGUGCUCGAAAUCAUGUUCGAAUCGGCGAGGCAGAAGGGCCUUGAGCUUGUGAAGGAGCAUAAAGAGCAUAGGUUUAUCGUGCACCAGACGGAGAUUUCGAGGGGCCCGGUCAGGAAAGCACAGUAUGACUGGGGCUGGGAUUGGGGUCCUAUACUCAUGACCGCUGGGCCCUGGAAGCCAAUUGUACUCGAAACCUUUGAAUCGAAGAUCGUCGACGUAUGGGUUGAGUACGACGUUGAUGAUGAUCUGAAGCAGGCCGAAGGCAAAGUCUUCGUCGAGUACGAAGGGCUGGGAAAGCUUGAGGCGGACAUCUCAAAAGACGGCCAGUCAUUGGAGAAGCUUGAUGAGUUCAAGUCCACGAACAAGAGCAAUGUCAUGAGCGCUGACUUCGAGCUUCCGGAUGCAUCUCUAUGGUGGCCUCGUGGAUAUGGUUCACAACCACUUUACACUAUUUCUGUCUCACUGCGUUCAGUGCCAACAUCUACAAAGCCGGAAACUGUCAUCGAUACAGUAGACAAAACCAUAGGCUUCCGUAAAGUAGAGCUCAUCCAGGAAGAUGACAGCCAUGGCACGUCAUUCUAUUUCCGUGUCAAUAACGUGGACAUCUUCUGUGGAGGCAGCUGCUGGAUUCCACCCGACUCAUUCCUCACUCGCACUAAACCGUCAUCGUAUCGCGCCUGGAUACGGCAAGCGGCUGAGGGCAACCAAACUAUGGUGCGGGUAUGGGGAGGCGGUAUCUACGAGGAUGACUCCCUUUUCGAGGCAGCAGAUGAGUUCGGUGUAGUCAUAUGGCAGGACUUUGCUUUCGCCUGCGCAAACUACCCUGCCAACCGUCCUUACCUAGCUUCGGUGGAGACUGAAGCACGACAGAACGUCCGGAGACUACGUAACCACCCUAGCCUAAUAGUAUGGGCGGGCAACAACGAAGACUACCAGAUCGUAGAACGCUAUGGAUUGGAGUACAACUACGCCACUGACAAAGACCCAGAAUCCUGGCUGAAGACUAACUUCCCUGCUCGUUACAUUUAUGAGUAUCUGCUACCCAAAGUCAUCCGCGAGGAGACGAAAGGCGUACCGUAUCACCCAUCAUCACCCUUCGGCAACGGCAUUUCUACUACGCUGAAAGUCGAUCCCACCGUUGGCGAUAUCCACCAGUGGAAUGUCUGGCACGGUACUAUGGAACCUUACCAGCGCCUUCCACGAAUGGCUGGUCGAUUCGUCUCAGAAUUUGGCAUGGAAGCCUACCCCCACGUCACCACGCUCGCCAAGUCCAUCACUAACCCCGAUGACCGCUACCCAGGCUCCAUGGCCAUGGACUUCCGCAACAAAGCCAUCGGCCACGAGCGUCGUCUCGUCUCCUAUGUCGCCGAGAAUUUCCGCAUUCGGUAUGAUCUCGAGGGCUUCACGCACCUAACGCAAGUCAUGCAAGCGGAUGCAUUGACGUGGGCGUACAAAUCCUGGCGACGAGACUGGAAGCAGUCCGGCAACCGAAAAGUUGGUGGCGUAUUGGUGUGGCAGCUGAACGACUGCUGGCCCACUAUGAGCUGGGCGGUGGUGGACUACUACGGUGUACCCAAACCCGCUUACUAUGCUAUCAAGCGCACUUUGGAGCCGCUCGUCGUCGGCGUACAGAGAAAGGUGAACGAUUGGACAGUACGACUUGCCGAUGAGCUUUGGCAGCGCGAUACUAGCCACAUCGAUAUGCGCAAGGUCUGGGAAGACGUACAGUUCGACGUGUGGGUCGCGAGCAACAUGCGCGAAAGCAUCAACGGGAACAUCACUAUCAAGUUUAUCUCCGUCAGAACUGGAACAGAGGUUGUUGACCCGCUGGAGCGAGCAGUCCGCAUUGAACCCAACGGAACGACGGAAGUCUUCGAGAGCGAGAAGGUCGACGUGCCCAACGCUCAGGAUCCAGACACGCCAUUCGACACAUCCAAGGCCGAUCCUUUCGUUAUCUACACCACGCUCACCAUCCACGAUAAGCAGGUAGCAAGCGAUAUCUCAUGGCCUGAGCCGAUCAAGUAUCUUGAUUUCCCAGACCGCGGAGUACAGGUCGAAUACUCAGAAGACAAGAGGAAGAUAUUCGUGUCGGCUAAGAAGCCGGUUAAGGGUUUUGUGUUUGCUGAAGAUGAGGGGCUGAAGCUUUCUGAUAAUGGGUUUGAUCUGGUGCCAGGAGAGCGGACAGAAGUGCACGUGCAAGGGAAUACUGCGGGCAACUUGACGUGGAGAUAUGUAGGCGGUCUUUGA